UUGAUUCUCAAGUUGCGCAGUGCUCAAAUGGACCAGCGUCUUGAGCAUUGCGAUGGAGUGACGGAAAAUGACAGGAAGGCCGCCACUGCCCAGAAGGGGGUUGCCUCCCAAAAGACGCCGUGGCCCAGGCGAUUGGGAUGAGGACCUGCCUGCUGGUGACAGUCGGUCGCCAGAGCGCCCUCGAGAAGUACAAGUUCGGCGCCAGUCCUCGAGGCUGCUUGAGCGUGAUCGAGAUGUUCGAAUUGGGUCCAGAAGUCGAAGUCCACUAAGAAGGGUCGUUUUACCCGGAGGGCGACGAAGCUCAAGUAGAAGUCUCAGUCGCAGAGGUCCUCGCAGCAGGCCUCCAGGCCGCAUGACUGAAAACCGUGGUGCCUUGCUCCGCCGUCGUCUGGGUGCUCCUGAUGAUGGAGGCUGGGGACGGAGAGGUUCUGGACUCACGCUGACCCCGGCAGCUGGUGCCAAGCGUCGCGGAGCCAGUGAAGAGUUUGGGCCUGGGCGCCGCAGAUAUUCAACUGAUGUUCCCAGGAGGGGUGAAAGAGCAGAGGAUGACAGCUACAAAAGACAAGAUCCGGUUCAACGGAGCAAGAAAUACCGUCUCCGGCUUGAGGAUUGGAUUUUGGCUGUGAACCUUCUACUCAGCUGGGACGACCAAAAGACCAUCUCGGCGGCAGAGAUGGAAGAGUUUCUCUCGCGAUUUUUGGAGUAUGAUGCGAAAGUGAAGUAUCGGAUCACUCCCCGGCUGACUUCGGAGAUCUUUUUGAGGGGUAUUCUGCGAACCCUUUGGGACAUCGAUCGGCUUCUCCGUGUGAUGAAUCCCGGAGAGGAGCUGAAGAUGGUGACGGCCAAGAGCCCUCUGGUGCUGAGUAUUCUGCGGGUCAUGGCGUACGAGCUUAUGUGGACUCCAAAUUGCACCUCCCAAGGAGCCAAAGAAGGUGCUAGAGACUUGAUGGAGAAAGUCAACCUGUCCGUGAAGGCAGACAGAGACUGGAUUACAGACGCCAUGAAUCGUAUGGGAGAGGCUUUCGAAAAGGCACACAAUGAUUGGGACAAAAAACAUGCAGCGGCCAAAGAGAAGAAGCGCCGUGAACGUGCUGAACAAGCUGCCGCCGCUGCUGCUGGCGUUGGCGGGGACUUGGCAGCUGGAGGUGCCAAAGUGAAGCUGUCAGAAAACGCCAAAGCUGCAAAAGCAGCAAGAGCUGGGCGGAAAAGAGAAGGCGAAGAUCUGAGGGCAAAGCGCAAGGGGGCAGAUGCUCACUUUGGCAAUGCCAGAGCAUUGGCUGUCAAGGAACAGGCCCUUGCCGGAAAAGCUGAACAGGCUGCUGAUUCGCAGAAGUUGUCUCGAGCAGCUGUGGUGCGAGCUGUACGGCCCACAGCUGCGCAAGAGGAAGAACAUGAAGAUGAAGAGAAAGAAGAAAAAGAAGAGAAAGAGGGAAAAGAACAUUCCAAAGGCGGGAAAGAGGAAACGCAGGAAAAGCAGGAAAAGCAAGAGAAGCAGGAAAAGAAGGAAGAGGACCAAGGAGACGACGGAGACGAGGGAGAGGCAAAUGAAGGCACAGGUGAAGACGGUGAAGACGGUGAAGAUGGUGAAGAUGGUGAAGACCAGGAUCAAGCUGAUCAAGUCGUUUCCGAAGGUGGAGCUGAAGGAGAUGCUGAGGCGGAGGCAGAUGCCGAGAAGGCUGAGGAGGCUGAGAAGGGUGAGAAGGAUACCAAAGCCGCAGAAACUCAGGACCCAGAAGACAAAGCUGAGACUGGUGCUGGCCAAGCGUCAAGUGCCAAGGACUAAGAGAGAGAUACGCCGUGUGCAUCAAGAGUAGUGUGGAGACACCUGAUGAAACCAGGUGACUGAACAGGCCAAAGUGCCUGAAACCGGAGUGUCGAGCGACCUAGAACUCUGCAAACUCCCAUUCAGAGACAAAGC